CGAUGAGGCCUCUAGGGCGGGGCCUAGGACGACCUGCUCUGUGGUCCGCGAGUUCUUGUCGGAAACAAAACAGCGGCGGCUGAGGCGAAACCCGGGCUGCGAGCCGGCCGCUCCGGCGCGGAGAGAGAAGGAGCCAUCACGUGACGGCAGCCCUUCGAGGUCCUCGGCAGCUCGGCCUGGAGGAGAACACAUGAGAGAAAGAAUUCCAAGCGGCUCUGUUUUCUUUGAAAGGGUAUUUCUGUACAGUUGCUCCAAUGACAGAGAUACCUGCACCCUUGUCCUACUUCCAGAAUGCUCAGAUGUCUGAGGACAGCCACUCCAGCAGCACCGUCCGUAGCCAGAGUGACAGUCAAGAACGGCACCAGCACCAUGACAGGCGGAGACUUGACAACCCUGAGCAGCCGGUAUCUAACGGUCGACCCCAGAGUAACUCACGGCAGGUGGUGGAACAAGAUGAGGAAGAAGAUGAAGAGCUGACAUUGAAAUAUGGAGCCAAGCAUGUCAUCAUGCUCUUUGUCCCUGUGACCCUCUGUAUGGUGGUAGUCGUGGCCACCAUCAAAUCAGUCAGCUUCUAUACCCGGAAAGACGGACAGCUAAUCUACACCCCAUUCACGGAAGACACUGAAACCGUAGGCCAAAGAGCCCUGCACUCCAUUCUGAACGCGGCCAUCAUGAUCAGCGUCAUUGUGGUUAUGACCAUCCUCCUGGUGGUCCUCUAUAAAUACAGGUGCUACAAGGUCAUCCAUGCCUGGCUUAUUGUUUCAUCUCUGCUGUUGCUGUUCUUUUUUUCAUUCAUUUACUUAGGGGAAGUAUUUAAGACCUACAAUGUUGCUGUGGACUACAUUACAGUUGCACUCCUGAUCUGGAAUUUUGGUGUGGUGGGGAUGAUUGCCAUUCACUGGAAAGGCCCACUUCGACUGCAGCAGGCGUAUCUUAUUAUGAUCAGUGCCCUGAUGGCCCUGGUAUUUAUCAAGUACCUCCCUGAGUGGACCGCAUGGCUCAUCUUGGCUGUGAUUUCAGUAUAUGAUUUGGUGGCUGUUUUAUGCCCCAAAGGUCCACUUCGUAUGCUGGUUGAAACAGCUCAGGAAAGAAAUGAAACUCUCUUCCCAGCUCUUAUCUAUUCCUCAACAAUGGUGUGGUUGGUGAAUAUGGCUGAAGGAGACCCAGAAGCCCAAAGAAGGGUACCCAAAAACCCCAAGUAUAGCACACAAAGAGCAGAAAGUGAGACACAGGACACUAGUACUGGGAACGAUGAUGGUGGCUUCAGUGAGGAAUGGGAAGCCCAAAGGGACAGUCACCUGGGGCCUCAUCGCUCCACUCCCGAGUCAAGAGCUGCUGUCCAGGAACUCUCCGGCAGUAUCCUCACUAGUGAAGACCCGGAGGAAAGGGGCGUGAAACUGGGACUGGGGGAUUUCAUUUUCUACAGUGUUCUGGUUGGUAAAGCCUCGGCGACCGCCAGUGGGGACUGGAACACCACCAUCGCCUGCUUUGUAGCCAUACUGAUCGGCCUGUGCCUUACGCUACUGCUACUCGCCAUCUUCAAGAAGGCGCUGCCGGCUCUUCCCAUCUCCAUCACCUUUGGGCUGGUUUUCUACUUCGCCACAGACUAUCUCGUGCAGCCCUUCAUGGACCAGCUUGCAUUCCAUCAGUUUUAUAUCUAGCCCGUCUGCAGUUAGAACCCGCGGAUGUUUCCUCUCUGAUGAUUAAAUACCUGAGGAGGACAGGGUGACUUCUCCGUGUCCUCUAACGACAUCAAGACUCCAGCUGGACUUUGGCAGCUUCCUUCCAAAUUUCCCUGGCCACCUGCACUGUUGGACUUUGGAAGGAGGUGUCUACAGAAAACGGUUUCCAACAUUCAUCAUUAGGUGGACAGAUGUCCCUCAGUGCAGCAACUACCGGAUUGGAGGGACAAGGACCAGAAAACGUGCUGCACCAAGAAGUUGUGCUCUGCCAGCGGGUGUGACCCUGGGCACGGAGGUUCUACCAAUCCUGGGAACUCUCGGGAGGCUGAACAGAACUUCCGUCAUGCACACCAUGUUGGAAAUAAAACAUGUGUUAGCUGAAUCCUGCACUGUCCAGGAGGUUCUGUGAGGAGGUGGCACUGGGCCUGGGCCUCACUCUGAGCCUCUUUUGAUGCCCGCUUGUAAGUUUUAAAUAAGGACACCACCCCACAAGCCCCAUUUCUGUCUCAAGCACUGACGCUCAUGAUCAUCUGUGGUUAUCACUUCUUCCCAAGGCCAGUCUGGAUGUAUUUGGAGUUGCUUUAUCCUGAGAGUCAACCCCAGGUUCCAAAGUUUAUAAUUUCUAGAAAUGAUGGAACUUGUUCAACAGUCCCCUGUCAUCCUUAAGUCAAUUCUGGAUUUUCCACAAUCUCCUCGUUUUCAGACAUACUUGCAAGCUUACUUUUGCCCCGGAUGCUUCCUCUCCCUUCCCCUCUCUUGUCCCCACAGCAGUUCUCGUUGACAGCAGACAAGGCAGCUCUGGGGCAUAAGUGGCCCUGAUGACCCAGAGUCACAUCCUCAUACGAUGCAAAUAAUACAUUUCUAAUCAGUGCCGCAGCCUGCCUGUCGUGACUCCUUUGGUGGCAAAUAGGAUGUGUUCCCAAAGAAUUAAAGCGUAAAGUGGCUGGUGAA